CAUGCCGGCACCAUAAUUGAUUACACCGUCCUUCUCAGUGAAAGAGCACCGGCUUCUAAGAUGAAGAGAAGAUUUGUUCAUCACUGGCCCAUCAAGAAGUUGUCCACAAAACUGGAUUGCUAAUUCCUUGUCAAUCAAGUGUCAUCCUGAUGUUCACAUAUUCAAACAAGAGAAGAUGCCAUUAAUUUUGACAUUAAAAGUCUGGAUAGUCUGAGCAAAUUGGAUAAAUCAUGUUGUCAAGCUUUGUCGGCAUACGACACUCUCUGAAAUGGAAGUGCUGCUGGAGAUCCUGUGGUAGUAUUAACUAUUGUUCUUCCAAUCGAAAGUGGUUUUUCAUAAAUGUAGUCCAGAGGAAAGCUCAUACACGGACAAGAGCACCAUCAUCAAGGAUAAACCAGAAGCCGGUGUUUGCUCGAGCUCCAGCGUUUGGAGACAAAACAGCCGUGAUAGACAGUAGUUGCAGCCACAGCUACAAGCAGUUGUAUGCGAACAGCUUGGGCCUUGCAAGGAGAAUCAAUGACGCACUACACUCUGACUUUGGAAGGCUGGAAGGCAAACCAAUAUCCUUCCUGUGUGCUAAUGAUGCUUCCUAUACAGUAGCCCAGUGGGCUACUUGGAUGAGUGGAGGGACGGCGGUUCCACUAUACAAAAAACACCCACUAUCAGAACUGGAGUACAUAAUCACAGACUCCCAGAGUGCGCUGCUGGUAGCGGGGCAUCCUUAUGCUGAAACCCUGGAGCCACUGGCACAGAGACUGGGUCUGCCUUGUCUGACACUUCCUCUUACUUCAAAACUCAGCACUUUAAACAACAGCGACAGCCAAGACAUGGAGGAGGCCAGUACAGAAUGGGGUUCUCGACCAGCCAUGAUAAUUUACACUAGUGGUACUACAGGGAGGCCCAAAGGUGUUCUUCAUACGCACAGCAGCAUCCAAGCCAUGGUCCAGUGUCUGGUCUCUGAGUGGGCGUGGUCUCAAGAUGACGUCAUUCUCCAUACACUGCCCCUCCACCAUGUGCACGGCAUUGUAAACAAGCUGCUGUGUCCUCUCUGGGUCGGCGCUACUUGUGUCAUGCUGCCAGAUUUCAAUCCUCGAAAGGUAUGGGAGAUGCUGCUUAGCUCCAAAGCACCAAUGGUUAAUGUUUUCAUGGCUGUUCCAACCAUCUACUCCAAACUCAUCCACUAUUAUGAUCAGCACUUUACUCAGCCCCAUGUCAAGGACUUUGUCAAAGCAGUGUGCAAAGAGAGGAUCAGACUCAUGGUCUCUGGUUCUGCCGCUCUCCCGCUGCCCACUCUGCAGCGCUGGGAGGAAAUCACAGGGCACAUACUGCUGGAACGCUAUGGGAUGACUGAGAUCGGCAUGGCACUGUCCAAUCGUCUGAAAGGCCCACGCCCACCAGGGGCUGUAGGGUUGCCACUGCCUGGUGUGGAAGUGCGGAUUGUCAUGAAUAACACAACAAACACCGUAAUGGUAGAAGGAAACCACACGGAGAGUAAGGUACGACCAGGUCUGGAAGGGAAGGAAGGGGAACUCCUAGUUCGAGGUCCGUCUGUGUUUAAGGAGUACUGGAAUAAAAAGCAAGAAACCACAGACUCUUUUACGGAUGACGGCUGGUUUAAAACGGGAGACACAGCAGUAUUUAAAGAAGGUGCUUAUUGGAUCAUGGGCCGCACAAAAGUUGACAUAAUCAAGAGUGGUGGCUAUAAGAUCAGCGCCCUCGAAGUGGAGCGCCACUUGCUGUCUCAUCCAGACAUCAUAGACAUCGCUGUGAUUGGGGCACCAGACGAUACGUGGGGACAAAAGGUCACCGCAGUGGUUCAGCUCAAGGAGGGUCAGAGUUUGACCCUACCGGAUUUAAAGAAAUGGGCAAGAGAGCACAUGGCGCCCUACUCCAUCCCCACAGGCCUGCUUCUGGUGGACGAGAUACCGAGGAACCAAAUGGGCAAGCUGGGUGACACAGGUGCGACGAGACCCUGGAGGCAGAUUCUUUAGCACCGCAGCUGGAUGCCCAACACUUCAUCUCAAAUCUUGCACUGCAGGCUCUUCUCGUCUCUCAUCCUUUCUCAUCGCAAUUUCCCCAACACUUGGCCUCCUCCGUCUUCAUCAGUUCUCAUCACACAUUGCAGCGGGACCAACUUGAUUGAGAUGCCUUUUUGAGUGAGCCCUUGUGUGCAAAGGCACGAAAGAAAAGACACAGGAGGUGUUACGUGAAGGCUGGACAAUCAAAAAUAUUGGAAGGAGGGGAAUGAAUGAGAAUCCAGUCAAGAUAAACAAACCUAAUGAACAGCCAAAGAAUUCCUGGAUGGAAAGACAAACAAGUGCAAGCAUCACAUGGAACAAGCUGCUGUCUACAUACACACACACAGACUGGUCUGCCCACAGCCACCAGAGACCUGAUUAAGAGAGCAGAGCUAUCGAUCUGUGGGCUGGCAGACUAGGAUGGAUGAGCAAGCAGAAGCACCAGAGGACAGCGUGGGUGCCCCCAAAUCCCACCCCACUGCACCACCCAACCACCCACGCUGCAAAUGGAAGUGGGCCAAGGCCACGAGUGCUAAGGCAUUGUCUUUCACGCUCACCCGGCAGCACUGGGUUCAGACUCUAAAUGUAUAGUGUGCAGUAAUAACUGAGCUAUAGUCGUGUGUGUUUGAGGGCAGUUUGCUUAGGUACUGUAUGCUCAGGACGUGUUACUGUGCUCACAUGGAGGAGGGGAGCCUGUUUAUUCCCAUGACUGAAGUUUGAUCAAGUACUCGUGCCCUUGAACUACACUCCACCUCUCUCUCACACACACAUUUCUUCCAGUGUUUCCUGGUGCAUGGUGAAAGGGGUUGUCUGCAGAUGGUUGCUUAUUGGACCCCAGGGUCCAAGGGGAUGGCUUAUGGGGGACACUAGUAAGCUUGUUUAUGUGUGACACACACAGUUUGGUCACGUGUGAGUGGCGUUCUACAUAAAUAGCUCACUUUGGGCUGCUUUGGUGCCCCUUUGUCAAUAUUCUGAAUUUUACAGCAGUGUGCCUGUGUGAUGAUUUUUAUGAGGGACACAUUAGAUCUUAACAGGAACCAGCUGGCUUCACAAAUGCACCAAAAAUGGAAACAGCACUACAUUUACAAAUGAGAUUUUCAUAUUUACUGUGUUUAAAUGACGCUUCAUUCAAACUGUGGGUAGACAUAUUAGUUGUGGCCGUUUUGCCAAGUCAUAUCAGUUUAUAACCUAAUCUAUUGAUUUUCAAACAUCGGCACAUUCAUCACGUUCACAUUUCAACACCUGUGACAGUAAUGAAACAAGCGAAACAGA